AAGGGGCUCUCGGCGGCCCGGUCGUUCCUCCGUGGUCUCUGUCUCAAGUAGUCUCAAGGCCUCUUGUCCUUUUUCACUGGGGGUUGUUCUGACUUUUACUAAAGAGAGAUUUGGUUUGGUGUCACUUGAAGCGACCCUCCCCUUUCACGGGGGUAUCGCGGGUGGCUGUGCAAAUUCGGCCUAAAUUCGGUGUGUGUGACAGUAACGGUGCCGGGCACGGUGCGAGGUGUCCGAGAAGGUGCAGGAGGAACCCCAGAACCUCCUGUAGCCCCGCAAACCGCCCCACAGCCCCCGGCUUUCCAAACCCCUCAGAGGCGGCUCUGGCUGCGGCUGGGUCCGGUGCCAGCCCCAGAGCUGGUCGGUGGCUGUGUGGACACGAUCGUGCAGAGGUCACUGAACCUCACACAGCCUUGUCCUGCAGGAUCGAGGCUGCCAAACCAGAUGUAUUUAUGCGAGUGUACUCGAUAAUGAUUGGAGAAAGAGAUUUUAAUCAGUAUUAUUCACUACACAGUACAGGCGCUAUAACCAAGGCACUGUAAGCACUGCUGUUGUGGAACAACAGCUGAAAUGUGAAUAUGCUUUAUGAACAGUGGAAAUGUGAAGUAAAGGCUGGCCUUGAUGAUCUUGGAGGUGCUUUCCAGCAUUAAUGAUUCUGUGAUUCUUAACACUGAGGCAAUUGUAGUAAAGCCAGCAGAAACAAUUACAGUACUCACCCAAGCUGUGUGCGUUUGGCUCAGCCUCAGGCAGUGACCCUGAGAUCACAUCAUCCCCACUCCAGAAGGAAUCCCCACACCCACCAAGGAGGGAAAUGUCAGGAGACGCUGCCUUUAAAAUCUGGGACGGGGCUUUUGUGGUCUGAAGUGCUGCCCUGUCAGUCAGAUGUGCCCAGGCCGUGCCAGCUCAGCAGCUCUGCAGAAGCUCUCAGUGCUGGUACUUGGUUGUUCCUUUCUCUGGGCAUUUUACCAGCUUCAGCUCUCUCUCAGUCUGUUGAACUUUGGGAUGGAGGAAUCAGCCUGGUUUCAGUAUUAUUCACCCCAAAAGCAGCAUGACAACCCUCCUGUAUUUCCCAGUGGGGGCUUUUCAAGCAGGGCCUUGCUGGAGCUGUUUGAGCCCAUUGCAGACAGAGCCUCCUGCUACACCCAGCUCUGAGUGUCCUGUCUGCCAGCUGCAGUGCUGGUUUAGAGUUUUCACAGCCCUUUUGAGGGAUGCUGUGUCUGCUCUCACAUGUCCCACACCGAGGGGCUGCCACAGGACCCCUGUGGUGUUACUUUGGGGUGAGUCUGCCGCCCUGUCCCAGCAGGAUGUUCCUCAAAUCCAGAAUUAAAUCCUGGUGCUGUUGCCAGCAGUGUUGCUUGUCCUGGCAUGGGCUCUGGUUCAGCCCAAGCUGUGCAGAGCAGCAAACACUCCCUGAUUUUACUGUGCUGCCUCAAUAACUGUCCUCUGCCAUCUCUUCCUAACUUUUAUGCACAAAUGGUUGCACUGUAGAUAUUUUUAAAAAGGGGACAAAAAGUGCCACAUACUGAACACUGCACAGAGAGUGUGAACAUUGCCAUCAUGUAAAAGUGUGAGUGAGCUGACACUGCUUUUUCAUUCUGUUUUGGUUCUUUAGGUUGGAUGUGCAUUUGUGGAGUUCUCAACUUGUUCUGAUUUGCCAGUUUGCUGCCAAAUACUCCUGGCACAAUAAUGCAGCUUUUUUUUUUUAAUACAGAACAACUGUGGAACCCCAGACCAGUUGUACUUGGGACAACCCUAAAACCACCCAGCCCCACCCCGGCCAUGGCAGGGACUCCUUCCACUGUCCCAAGUUUCUCCAAGCCCCGUCCAGCCUGGCCCUGGGCACUGCCAGGCAUGCGGCAAUGUACAUUUGAUAAAUUUGAUAAAAAUCUCCCAUUUUCUACAGAUAGCUGUGCCCAGCGGAGGGGAGGAGAGCGCUGCAUUCCUCCCCAGAUGUUUGUGUUUCUGCAGGUGACAGACUGGCUGUCACAGCCGUUUGAUGAGUUCUUUGGAAGCCCAGGCAUUGCCCCCUGUGCGGUUGCUGUGAAGGCGCUGAGGGGCGGCUCUGGCAGGGGCCGUCGGCAGAAGCAGAGAGACCCGAGCCCCGUGGCAGAGAAGAGCAGAGCCACGGCUCCUCCCAGGAAAAGAGCCAAGCCGUGCGCUGCGGACCCGCCCUGUGCCCGGCCUGGGCGGAGCCGGAGCCAGGCCCAGGAGGAGCUGCCGUGGGUGGAGAGAUACCGACCUGAAAGCCAGAAUGACCUUGCCGUGCAAAAGAAGAAGAUUGAGGAAGUUGAAACCUGGUUAAAAACACACAUAUUUCUGAGGCAGCCAAAGCAGGGUGGCUCUGUCUUGCUGCUGACUGGCCCUCCUGGCUGUGGAAAAACUGCGACUCUGCAAAUUCUAGCCAGAGAUCUUGGCCUUCAGGUGCAAGAAUGGACCAAUCCACUCUCUUUAGACUUCACAAAGGAAGACUUGAGAAAUAUGUUUGGCCAUGACUCAAAUUUUCAUACGUUUCCGAGUCAGGCCCAAGCAGCUCUCUUUCAAGAUUUUCUAUUAAGAGCAAAUAAGUAUAACAAACUUCAGAUGCUUGGGGAGUCCUCAGAAAAUGAUAAAAAGCUUAUUCUUAUUGAAGACAUCCCGAACCAAUUCUACCGAGACCCUGGCAGUCUACAUGAAAUCCUCAGGAGUUUUGUUCGUAGGGGUAGGUGCCCCCUUGUCUUUAUAAUCUCCGAUAACUUCAGUGGAGACAGCAGCCAGAGGUCACUAUUCCCCACAGAAAUUGUAGAGGAGUUGUGUAUAUACAAUAUUAGUUUCAAGCCUGUUGCACCAACAAAUAUGAUGAAAGUUCUUAAUCGAAUAGCUGCAGCAGAAGCCAGUGUGAACAGAGAGAAGAAUUAUGUCCUUGAUAGAACUUCUCUGGAGUUGCUUUGCAGAGGUUGUUCAGGUGACAUAAGAAGUGCAAUAAACAGCCUUCAGUUUUCCUCUAUGAAAGACUGCUCAUUGGAGAGAGAAUUUUGGUCAAAGAAGAAGAAGAACUCCACAAUAAAAUGUGAGGAAGUUUCCAAAGUAAGAAAGAAAAGUAAAUGUGAUACCUCAGAAGACCAGGAGAUACAAGCUAUUGGUGGCAAGGAUGCAUCCAUUUUUCUUUUCCAUGCUUUGGGAAAAAUUAUCUAUUGCAAAAGAGAAGCAGUGUCAGAAGCAGAGUGCCCUCAGCUGCCUGCUCACCUGUCCAAGCACCGCCGGGACACCUUGCUCAUUCAGCCUGAGGAUGUUGUGGAAAAAUCACAUAUGUCUGGAAGCAUGUUCAAUCUAUACCUGCACCAGAACUACGUGGAUUUCUUUUCUGAUAUAGAUGAUGUAGUGAGGGCCAGUGAAUAUCUGAGCACUGCUGAUGUCCUUUGUAGUAACUGGAGUACACGGCUUGUGAUGGAGAGCUACAGUGCCUCUGUGGCUACCCGAGGGGUGAUCCACUCCAAUACAUCCAGAGCCUUUGCCCAGCAGCAGGGGGGCAUGGGGUUCCGACCCUUGCAUAAACCCCAGUGGUUUUUGAUCAAUAAGAAGUAUCAGGAAAAUUGCCUUGCUGCAAAAUCUCUGUUUUCAAGCUUCUGUUUACCCCCCGAGUGCCUUCAGACAGAGCUGCUGCCUUAUCUUGCUAUGUUAGCAAACCCAAUGAGAAACCAAGCUCAGAUUGCUUUUAUCCAAGACGUGGGGAGGCUGCCACUGAAAAGACAUUUUGGCAGGCUGCAGCUGGAAGCUCUGGGUGACAAGGAGCCCGGGCUGCCGCUCCACGGGGACGGUGCCGACGGCGACCCCGAGGGGCUCCCCUCCAGCCAGUCCAGCAGCAGCGACCUGCCUGGCAGCCAGCCCCAGCCCAUCGCAGCACAGGCCAUCCUGGAGGAGGAGGAACUGCGGAUCGAGGAGUAUGACAGCGACUGAGAGAGCGGGACACUCCCUCUGCCGUGCCCGCGCGGAUCCCGGCGCUGCGAGCACUGCUGAAGAGCGUGCUCUGCCCAGCGCUGCUGCGAGCCAUGCACGAGGGCUGGGAGCCCAGGAGGGCUGGCAGCCCUGUCCAGACCUGCUGUGAGUGGACAGACAGUUCCUGGUGCCCUCCUCACUCUGCAGGGCCAGCCCGAGCCCAGUGCUAAGGUACAAGUUAUUUCCUGCCUCUCCUGAGCCAUGAAAUUGCCUUAGGGCAGUAACAAGAGAGAAAUAAAUGACUGAAAUCAGUUUGAAAGAGACUGUAGAUUAGCAGUGUCAGUCUUAAAUUAUUUUUAUUUUUACACAUUUUAAUAUACUUUGCAAUUGUGCAGUGUGUUUCUUGAGCACACAUGCCUUAGGUUGUCAGCAUUUGAAAGGUUUAUUCAAAUUCACUCUUUCAAAAAAGCAGUUGUUUGGAAGUUUAGCCCUUCUGGAAAGAAGAGGCUGAAAUUUACACCUGAAAAGUCUGAUGUCCCAUACUGAUGAUGUAAAGAAAACUUCUACUGUAUCAAUACUGUUUUGUACUCUGACUUACAGAAGACAUAAAUAAGAUCUUCAUGUCUUUAUAAGUGGAACUAAUAUUGUACCAUGCAUUAUUUUGUAUUCCCCUAGGAAAGAUAUUUUCCUAACUUUUAGAGGGGAAAAGGCAGCAACUAAGCAGAAGCUGUACUUUGUAGGAAGUUAAACGUAUAACAUGCAGUUUUUCUCCUUGACUUGCAGUUGUGCUGGGGAAAACACUGAUCCUGUGUUUGGUAACUGACACUUGAUCGAGUGCUGUGGUUAGUAAUACCACAGCAGUGAGGAAAAAAGUCAAACCAAAACAGCUUUGUGUGGUGCUCGUUUGCAUUUCUGUAUUGCUUAUGGCCAGUUUAGAGAGAGAGAACACGUUUAUCCACCCUGACCCCGGAUUAAUGCUAUUAAAGAGUCUGGAUCUGUCCUCUCUCAGGGGACAGGUGUAGCCUUUUCAUCUAA